AAUUGCAUUGCGGGAUCGUAAAGUUGCGCCAUGUUUAGUACAUUUUCAUUUGUUUUUCUAAACAAGUUAUAAAAAGUUUACGUUUUUAUAAAUAUAUGGAUUGAGGUUUAUUAAAUUACACUAGAUACCAAAACGUGCAGAAUGUCAGAGGUAGCAAUUACCUCACCAAUCAGUUUGGCUGACCCGAAACCACUUGACUUAGAGCUGUCAAAGAAAUUAGAAGAAGCUCUAAGGCCACAUGGAGUAUUUGAAAGUGAGGAAGAACUUGCUCACAGAAUGGAAGUGUUGAGCAAAGUGAAUGAAUUAGUUAGACAAUGGAUUAUAGAUGUAAGCAAAGAAAAGAAUAAUAUACCAGAAAACAAAGCUGAAUGUUUUGGUGGAAAAGUUUUCACAUUUGGUUCCUAUAGAUUAGGAGUUCAUACAAAAGGUGCUGAUAUUGAUACAUUAUGCGUAGCUCCCAGACAUGUUGAACGUACAGAUUUCUUUAAAUCUUUCCAUGAACUUCUCAAACAACAGCCAGAAGUAAAGGACUUGAGGGCUGUAGAAGAAGCAUUUGUCCCUGUAAUAAAAAUGGAGUUUGAUGGUAUUGAGCUUGAUAUGUUAUUUGCUAGAUUAGCUUUACCUGUAGUACCUGAAGGUAUAGAUUUACGUACAGAAGGCUUGUUAAAAAACUUAGAUGAAAAAAGUGUUAGAAGUCUGAAUGGUUGUCGUGUGACUGAUGAAAUUCUACAUUUAGUGCCAAAUAAAGAUAAUUUUAGAAUGACAUUACGUGCAAUAAAGCUGUGGGCCAAAAAAAAGAGUAUAUAUUCCAAUUCUCUGGGUUAUUUUGGUGGUGUAUCAUGGGCUAUGUUAGUAGCUCGAGUUUGUCAACUUUAUCCCAAUGCAGCGCCAGCUACUCUUGUACAUCGCUUCUUCCUAGUAUUUAGUAAAUGGGAUUGGCCCCAUCCAGUUUUAUUAAAGGCAAUUGAUACUGCUGAAAAUAAGUUAGGUUUUCCUGUAUGGGAUCCUAGGAUAAACCCAGCAGAUAGAUAUCAUUUAAUGCCAAUUAUAACACCGGCUUAUCCUCAACAAAACUCUACAUAUAAUGUUACUAAUUCUACUAGAACUAUUAUAAACGAAGAACUUAAUGACGGUUUAGAGGUAAUAAAUAAGAUAUUGGAAGGUCAAGAGGAAUGGUCCAGAAUGUUUGAGCCAUCAAACUUCUUCCAGAAAUAUAAGCAUUAUAUAGUACUUACGGCACGAGCUGAGGAUGAAGAUCAUUAUUUAGAAUGGAGAGGUUAUGUAGAAUCUAAAAUAAGACUGUUAGUAGGAAAUUUAGAGAGGAAUCUAUUUAUAAAACUUGCUCAUAUCAUGCCUGAAUCUUUCGGUCCAUUUAAUGAAAGUGAAGGAAAGUAUAUGUGUAAAUGGUUUAUUGGUUUACUAUUUAUAGAUACUAAAUCAGCUAAUAUUGAUCUCACUUUUGAUAUCCAGUCCUUCUCAGAUAUAGUUCAUAAAACAGCUAUUCAUAUUAAUUUAUUAAAAGAAGAUAUGAAAGUAGAAAUAUCCUAUGUAAGAAGAAAACAAUUAGAUCAGUUUGUCCCUCAAGAUGUUAUAACUAGAGGCAGAAAAAUAGAGAAAAAAAAGGAAAAUUCUAAAGUCAACAGCUCUAGUACUAGUAAUUUACGUAGAGAGAGUACAGAAAAGGGCCGGUCAUUAUCUGGCAGUAAAUCUGACUCAGAUUUACAGAAGAAAUCUCUUGAUGAAGAUUCACAAGAUUCACAAAACUCAAUAAAGCAGGAUGAGGAUAAAAAUAAUACAGAUGCAUGUCCAGAAAAAUCACAGACAGAAGAUAAUGGUAACGAAAAAGUAACAGAAUCAAAUAAUCAGCAUGAAGAAAUGACAGAAGAUGGUGUAACAACCGAAUUAAAUGAUGGUGAUACAAUUACGUCAGAAUCCAGAAAACGUAAAAGUUCAGAUGGAGGACCAGAUGGCUUGAAACGUUUAAAAAAUGAAGAAAAUGACAAUGAGUUGACUGAAACAGAAAUUGCUCAGCCUAUACAAAAGAAACAUACUGACCGUCUACCUAGCAAUGACCUGCCUGACCUCACAAGUCCCCAACCUCCAGUACCUGCAGCUGGUUUUCAACUUAUGAAAAAUUCUAUAAAGUUAAAGUUAAAUCGAUAACAUAAAUUUAAAUCAUUGUUAUCAUCAUUUUUUAUGUUCAUUAAUUAAUCAUUGUCUUCAUCUGUAUAUAUCUUCAUCCGUAGCAUCAUAAUCAUGAUAUGUAGGUAUAAGCACACUCCAACGCAUUUUAUUGUUUAUUUCAGAAAUAAGUAAACACCCCUCUCUGAAAAAUAUCCAAAUGUUUAAGUUUGGACUGUAAUAUUAAAGUCUAUUUAAGACUAACCCAUAGAGUUCACACAUUUUUAAAAAAAGCAAAGAAACACUCAAUUUUACCUAACUUUAUUAAGUCAAGUUGUCUAACCCACUUGUAAUCAUUAUUUAAAAAUAUCAGUAUCAAAAUCAUGAUUGCUAUAAUCUCUACCUAUCACCAUCAUUAUUGUUAAAAUCUUUGUCCAUCACAAUCUUGAUUCCCAAUAUCUUUAUCUGUCACAACACAAGCUUGCUUCCCAAAAUUAUCACAGUCUUGAUUUCUCAUAACUCUGCCCGUAAGGUUAUGAAAAACAGUUAAUAAUUCAUUGAAUGAGCCUCUAACCAUUACAAUUACAGUCUUGAUUUCCCGAGUCUCUAACUACACAGUCUUGAUUGCCUGAGCUUCUAACCAUCCAAAAGUCUCUCUAACUAUCACAGUUUUGAUUGCUAAAGUCUCUAUCAGUCCUGAUUGCCUGCGUCUCUAUCACAGUCUUGAUUGCCUGAGCUUCUAACCAUCCAAAAGUCUCUCUAACUAUCACAGUUUUGAUUGCUAAAGUCUCUAUCAGUCCUGAUUGCCUGCGUCUCUAUCACAGUCUUGAUUGCCCAAGUCUCUUAACUAUCACAGUUUUGAAUGCCUGAGUCUCGUAACUAUCACAGCUUUGAUUGCCUGAGUCUCUAUCACAGUUUUGAUUGCUAAAGGCUCUAACUAUCCGAGUCUUGAUUGCUAAAGUCUCUAACUAUCAGUCUUGAUUGCCUGAGUCUCUUAACUAUCACAAUUUUGAUUGACUGAGUCUCAAAUCAUCACAGUGAUUGCUAAAAUCUUUAACUAUCUAGUUCUAGCUAUUUCACAGUUUUGAUUGCUAAAGUCUCACUAUCACAGUUUUGAUUGCUAAAGUCUCUAACUAUCACAGUUUUGAUUGCGAAAGGCUCAAACUAUCUGAGUUUUGAUUGCUAAAGUCUAUCAAAGUGAUUGCUCUAACUAUCGCAGUCUUGUUAGCAGAAAUCACUACCUAUAAAAAUCUUGUAGGCUAAAAUCUUGUUGUGAAAUUAAUAACCGAUUUUAAGGAAUCAUUUUGGAUACAUAUCUUUCUGCAGUAUCACCCUGUAGUGGACUUAAACCUCAUUAUCAGUCAUUUGAAUACAUUAUUAAUUGGUGGCAGCAUACAUAAACAUAUACAUGUAGUUAAUUACCUCUACAUUGUUCUUUAUCCAUUUAAAAAGCAGAACCGUCUCCGACAUUACUGGCUCAAUAAGUAUUGAAUAAAUGUAUGAGAGGUUCAAUUAUUGGACCAUGUUCAAAUCAAUUAAUAUGAAAAGGAAACCAAAGAUUACAUUCAAUUAUUGGUAAGAAAACAAGGGAGAAAUAAUUUCAUAAUUUAACAUUAAUGUAAAUCAGUUUAAGAACUCCUACUUCAUAUCAUGUUGUAUAUAAUCGUGUUUUUUUAUAUAUUAUAAUUAUUGUUAUAUUUUUGUCAUGAAAAGGUAAAAAAAACAAGGGUUUGUUGUAGUUCAUUUGUUAAAUAUAAAUGAUAGUAAGGUCAUAAAAUGAUUAGUAAUAAGUGUGUGAAUGAUAAUUUGUUACUGAUGUGAUUAAACAUAUAACUUAAUAUCUGAACUUACCGCAUUGGUCUGAUGUGAUUAAACAUAAUUUAAUAUCUGAACUUACCACAUUGGUCUGAUGCCACAUUGGUCUGAUGUGAUUAAACAUAAUUUAAUAUCUGAACUUACCACAUUGGUCUGAUGCGAUUAAACAUAUAAUUUAAUAUCAGAACUUACCACAUUGGUCUGAUACACAUUGGUCUGAUGUGAUUAAACGUAUAAUUUAAUAUCUGAACUUACCACAUUGGUCUGAUACCACAUUGGUCUGAUGUGAUUAAACAUAUAAUUUAAUGUCUGAGUAAGUAUGAACAUGUUCGUCCAUUGUUUUACUGCCUAAAAAAUGAUCCGCAUGAAAAUAUAGUAAACGGGUGUUUUGUUUUUUUUUAAAAAAAAAAGAUAUUUUAAUCUGGAAAUCUGAAUAGGAUUGGGGACCAGACUUUUUUAGUGUAAGAAAAAAAAAAAAAUUCCUUUCGCUAAAACGUUGUUUUACUUGCCCUGUACUAAGUAUCCCCAAAAGUCUUGCACAUUAUUACUUCAGGUAUGUAUGUUAUAAACCUGGCUCUGUUUUACUGACUUAUUAAAAUAGGGAUGUUCUCAUAGAUUCAAAUCGUAUUGGUGCUCACUAGACAUACCCCAUUCUACGCAUUCUUAUCACUUUUCCAAUGCAGUUUGUUUAGUGUGGCGACUUGAUCACGAUAUGGUCUGACAGUCAAGUUUAACAUAGAAAAAUAUCAUAACUUUACAAUUUCAAAGUUGGUGAGACCAGGGUUUUCCAUCAAACCAAACCCUUUUCUUUGAAGAACAUAACUUUUUAUGGGAAAUCAAUCCUGAUAACAAUAAGAUAAAGAAUACAUUUGUUGAAACAGUCUUGUAUAAUUAACUCCUAUCAUAGUUUCUGUUAAUGUUUCUCAAUCUGUAAAUGCCACUUUCAGAUCAAGAAAAUAAAACUAUAUGAUUAACUACUAAAUAUUGUAAAUUCAAGUCUGGAACCAUUGAUUACAGAAACUCUAUUUGGUAUUAUAGAUAUCAAUUUAGGGUUCUUCCAUUAAAAUUUGGGUUUAUAUUUUUCUGUAGUGAUGAAGAAUUAAAGGAUAUUAUCAUAAUUAUGGUGUUUGUAUACAAUUACAUACACAACUAAAUAGAUAAAUAUCAAAUUAUCAUAAAAUUAAUCAUCCCAUUCUGUAAAGAGUUGUUAAUUGAUCUUUUAAUUGAUGUAGAUAAUAAGAUUAGACAUUGAUGUUCAUGAAAUCCAUCAUGCAUGUACAUGCAAAGAAUUAUAAAUUAACAGAUGUCCUUUUGAUCUACACUAAUUUAGAGAUAUAUAUCUUCAAACAUUGCCAGCCUGAAUACAAUAACCAUCCAUUAGAAAACUGUUACAUGUACCAAGAAAAUAUGUUUGUAUUCUUUUGGCAAUCUGCAAAUUUUUAUAUAUGAAACCUGCAAGAUGAUGAAUGGACGAGCGUUUGUGUUGCCAAGGUAACGUGUGAUUAAUACAUGUGAGUUCUGUAUUAAUAAACUGGUUUGAUUUAUUUCUGACUUAUUUGGAAAUUUAAUUGUAUAAUUUGAUUUUUUUUUUCUGUAUGUUAAUGUUGAAGUGAACACAUCUUUAAAGCUAUGUUUGUAUAAGGUAUAAUUACAUUUAGAAAGUCAUGCGCUCAUCAGGCAUUUGGUUGUCGACGCCCAGAUUGGUGUCUCGAAGAUCUCCAAUUGCUCCAUUACGGACUCAAACCGAGCUCCAUUUGCAGAUUUUACCAAUUCUGGUGAAUCGUCUAUUAGCAGGACGGGCAGAUAUAUAACCUAUUAAAUGCCGAGGACAAUCUAUCAAGGUGUGAUACUCGCUAAUCUUUGGUGUAUACAAACCUUAGACAGGUCAAGGUACUUGGUGUGAAUAACUUAUCAAUCCUAGUGUGUACCUUCCUUAUAUAUAUAGCCAGUGGUAUGUACCGGACGAGAAUACAAUAUUAAUUUAUUGAUAAAUUUUAAAAUAAAUCUCUUAGGGAGGACAUAAUUUGUCGAUUGCAUUUUGUUUUCUGUAAUUUUAGUUUGAAUUUUGGUAGUGGAAAAGUGAGUGUGACAACACUGCCUAAGAUUUGUAGAUUCUUCAUACUUAUAAGGAGUGAAAUUUGUAAAUAAUGUUGUGUAAUAUGAUGUGUAGCGUGUAAAUGUAUUUGUGUCAAUUGACUAGUGCUAGAUGUAUUUGUGUCAAUUGACUAGUGCUAGAUGUAUUUCUGUCAAUUGACUAGUGCUAGUGGUUUUUGUGUCAUUCACUAGUGCUAGUUGUAUCGUGUCAAGUCACUAGUGCUAGUUGUAUAUUAUGUAUUAUGUGUUUUGUUCGUACUUGUAUUUACAAUAUUACAUUUAGCUAAAACGUCUUAAAAUUAAUCGAAUAACGUGAACGGAUAUUCAAUUAUCUGUAAUAUUUACUUACUAUCAGCAUGGAACACAAACUUUUAUUUGUCUUAAGUCAAUAUUGCAUUUAAUAUUUUUAUGCAGGUGUUAAUUUCUCUUAAAAUACAGAUGUGAUGUCACCCUUUGAUGUUGACGUACCAUUAUUUCAUAUAAUGGUGCUGGUCGUACAUUAUUUAUACCAGUUGAAAUAUUGGACACCCGUGACGAUUUCAUUGAAAUGCACGUGCGGGAUAGUUCUGUAUUUUAAGUUGUUUAAUGGUCUCGAGCAAGACAUUGCGUAAUACAUCGAAGCAACACUCGGGCUAACGCUCUAGUGAAGUAUCCAUAUACUACUAAAUGUCCUGCUCUCGACCAUUAAACCACGCAUAAGGGAUGGCCUCUGUCGAAAUUUUGUGUUUUUACACCGCUAAUGGUGGAGAGAGUUUUGAUUGGUACAGUUUUUGAACAUAAUGGAUGGAAUGUUUUAAUACGAGAUACCGCUGCCGUGUCCGUAUAUACAACCCAUCAUUAUGAUAUUAUUUAUUAUAAUGCAUGUUAAAACUGUACCAGAUAAUUUGACCGUCAUUACUUACCCUUUUCAACUCAACACUGUUGAGAACUGUUGGUCAUUUAAUCACAAAAUCUUUCAAAUCUCAGGAACAAACCCAUUAAAGUGCCUGCUAAUUAAAAACAAUAGGACCAGAUACAAGAAUCUAUCCAUCUGCAUGUGCAGUGAACAGGGGUUUGGGUAUUUUGUAUGUUUAAAAAAAAAACCAGAUAGAUUCAGGAUCUAUUUGCAUGCUUUUUUCUGAUUUUUAACCUUGUUAUGUAUUUUUAGGGCAGUACUUCUAGAAAAAAAAAAUAUUCCAAACAUUCUGGGUUAAGAUUUUCUCAAGUAUGUAUGUAAUUAGGAAUUGGACAAUUUACCUGACAAUAGUCGGUUACCUAAAGAUAGCUGUCAAGUAAUUGACAGAACAAAACAGUCAACAGGUAUGCUAGGCCAAGUAAUUGACAAAACAAAACAGUCAACAGGCAUGCUAGACCAAGUAAUUGACAGAAUAAAACUGUCAACCGGCAUGCUAGUCCAAGUAAUUGACAGAAUAAAACUUGAUAUAAUUGUUUGUAUGUAAUUAACCUGUAUUAUACUGUAUACUAGUUCUAUAUUAUUAUUUACAUGUAUUUUCAGGUCAGAUAGUGUAUGUAUGAAUCUUAUGAUUAAACAACUAUACUAUGAA